CGCUUCAUUGAUGCUUUUAAUAAAAACAAUAUUCAGGGCAGAUUCUCGCGGUCGAUUCUCCUGCCACUAGCUACUCUCUUAUUUUUGGGUUCUUCUCCUACAAUUAUUUCCCCCUUUAUUUUCUGCUGGAAAUUUUUAUCUUUUUUCUCAGGGUAAGCUUCAAAGCUUGGUGACAUUGAAAAAUUAUUCAACUAUUUAGUGUAAAGUUUGGGUUUUUUUCUUUCUUUCAAGCUGAGACGUGGAAUUGAAAAACUUGAACUUUCGGUGAUUGAGGCUCACUUGGUGUUGUAAUACUGCUUUGUUUAUAGUUCGGCCCUGUUAGCAUCUUGUAUAACUUCUCAGCAUGAACAAUCAAUAUGGUGAAGAUCAUGAUGAAGCAACUGUCAUUGGGUUUGAAGUGCCAAGAUCACCUGAUUCAAGUUAUAAUAAUCCGUACCCCGGGAGUGAAGAUGACACACGUGACCCGCCAGCUGACCCUCCACACCUACAUCGUUCGUUGCUUAGCUACCCCUCAAGUCUGAAUGCUUCAGGGAGUAUCCCUUUUCCAGAAAAUGUGAUUCUAAAUCAUCUUUACAUUGAAAACCGAGAGGCACCUAGAUCUGUAGUGGCACUUGGGUUUACUCACCGUUUUCGUUCAAAGUAUGUUACUGUCGUGCUUUACAAACCGGUUCCGAGAAGGGGGAGUACCAGUACUUAAGAUAUGGAAACAUUGAAUGUGCCUUCACGUUGGGUUGGUUGGUUAGCCCUAGUGAUGGGAUUAGUUGCAAUAGACUCAGAUAGGGAAUUAGACGAAAGAAUAUUUAUCGGUUUCGCUCGAUGACUCAGGGAUGGUCGUUUGAAACCUGAAACUUAACAUUUGGCAUGAAAUAUCAGUGAUGUUGUGAUACAUAUAAAGCUUUAUUGUUGCUCUUUUACCCGGUAUUUGCGGUAUUGUGAGCUUGUUUGCUGCCUAGAAUGGUACUGAACUU